GGUUGACUUCAGGAAAACGACGGCGACUGUUUGAAAGAUGGCGGCGCAGAUGCAAAAGAACAACAAGCCAGGGAAACCUGGAGGAAAAGAGGCCCAGCCUCUGGUCAUCGCCAAGACUCCGGCGGAGGAGCAGCGUCUAAAACUGGAGAGGUUGAUGCGGAACCCGGAUAAGCUGGCUCCCAUCCCAGACCGACCCAAAGAAUGGAACCCACGGGCUCCACCGGAGUUCGUCCGGGACGUGAUGGGCUCCAGCGCCGGAGCAGGCAGCGGGGAGUUUCAUGUCUACCGGCACCUCCGCCGAAGAGAGUAUCAGCGGCAGGACUUCCUGGACAAGAUCUCAGACAAGAUUAAUAAAGACAUAGAGUACCUGGAUAAGGUGGAUCAAAACCAGCAGGACGCCGACGACAGGACGGCCAAGCGCAGGAAGAAGAGGGACAAGCUGAAACAGAAAAAACUGAUGGCGAAGAUGGCCAAACUAGAGGCCUCAAACGAGAAAGAAGAGGACGCAAAAAAGAGCUCAAGCAGCAGUGAAGAAGAGGGUGAGAGAGAGGCUGAGGACGAUGCCGAGGCUCCCAGCUUCAUCAUGGGGAAGAAAUGACGCCUCCUGUCUGCUUUAGGCUGAUGGACAUUCUCUGCCAACACAGGAGACUGAUUUAAGGUGGUGAUCCUGGGGGUGGUGGAGGAUGAAGCAGGGGGAAGAUGGACACCAGAACAAGUGGGGAGGCGAAAAGAGCCUAGUAAAACAGAAAGUGCUCCAUGGAGAGCUAUCAAGUCCAGACAACCUCGAAUGAGGACUCAACCUCCACUCUGGAAAAUGGACAAAGAUGUUGAGACACAUAUUUUUCUAAUUGUAUUACUGAUUAUUAUCUCACUGAAGUGUUUGUAGUUCAUAUGUCUCCACUGUCAGGACAGAUCUUCAGGGAAUUGUUGAGUUUUCAAAUUGUAAAAUCAAGUUUUGAUAUUUUUUUUUAAAAUUGUGACAUUGUUGGAAAUACUCUUCACUUCAGUGUAUUCUCAAUGUUUUAAUAAAACGUGAGUCUACAUACA